AUGCAGAAGGCCAUGGAGAAGUCCCAAAACUUCCGGAUCGAGGCCCUCCUGGCCGAGGAGCCUCCCCGGCCUACGCCCUCGCCGUGCGCACCCUCCAACUUGGCCCCUUUGCCUCCCGCCGCCUUCAUCCCCAAGCCCGGCUUAUUAAACUUGCCUCCUCCGGGACUGGGCAACCUGCCGGCCAUUUACCCGCCCCCUCUCUACCCCAUCCCGGCUCUGGCCGGCCAACACCCCGCUUUCUCUUACGCCGCCGCCUUCCCCCACCUGCCUCAGCCGGGCGCUGAGCACCUGAAGGCAUCCGCCGUCGCCGGGUCCCUGCCGCUGGAGCACUGGAUUCGAGCUGGGAUCAUGGCCCCCCGCUUCCCCGACUUCCAUGUUGCACCACAGUCUGGCCUGAUGGGUAAAUGCCGUCGACCCCGGACAGCUUUUACCAGCCAACAACUCCUUGAACUGGAAAACCAGUUCAAGAUCAACAAAUACUUAUCGAGGCCCAAGCGCUUUGAGGUGGCCACAUCGCUGAUGCUAACUGAGACACAGGUGAAAAUCUGGUUUCAGAACCGCAGGAUGAAGUGGAAGCGCAGCCGGAAGGCCAAGGAGCAAGUGUCUCAAACUGAGGCUGAAAAACAGAGGGGGGUGAGCAAAGCCUCAGAGAAAUUGCUGUCUGGAGAACUGCAGGGGCAGGAGGAGGAAGAGGAGAGUGGUGGUGAUGAAUGCAGCAGCCACAGUGCUGGUACACAAUUCCUGCACCACAACGCUGACGCCUUCAGCUACAGUCCAGAUUCCUCAUGCUCAGAGGAUGGAGAGGAAGUUCAGAGCCCUACUCAUAGGGAGAUGAGCUUGCUGUUAUGAGUGGACCAUCAGCCCAAAAGGCAGGGCAGUGGGGCCAUCCAGAAGCAGCUCUAGGGGUUUGUGUCCUCCUUCUGCUUACAGACUAGAAAGACUGUGCCUGGGCUGGUGCCCUGGUGGAACUGUGCCACUUAAUUUAUGUGUGUGUUAAAUAUAUUUAUCGUAAUGGUUCUAUUAGUGUAUUUUGGAUGUGGGAAGCACAUGCCUUGGUAUUUCCCUCACUAUGGUAUAAAGGUAUCUACUUCAGCAUACUAGCAGGCUGUGAUUUGGUUUGCUGACAGUAGUUUCAAGGCAUUUCACCUAUCAAAAUAAUUAUAUGGGAGUCUUUAAGUGAGAACCUUUCCACCCUGCCAUUUAAUUCCUGCAGCCCUUGCUGGUAAGGAACAGACUGGAGGCUCUAGAUACUGUCUUCACAAUGCUGGGUGGUGAGGAUAAGAGGGAGCCCCAUUUUUCUGGGGAGAAUCUCUCUCACUGGAGAAAUAAGUAAAGAGAACAUGGUAGUCAGCUUAAUGGAAUGCUCAUCCAGAACCAGACACAUUUACAUAUUGGUUAAAGCAUGGCUGUGGGUGAAUAUUUAGGAGCUAUCUACAACAUGAUGAGGUUAGAAAUAUGGUAUGCAUAGAGGAUGGCUAGCAAUAGCAAUCCAGGCAAUAGAAAUUCUCAGCCCAUUACUGUAUUAUGGUCAUUACUGGGUUACACACUGUCCAUUCAGCUGCCCAAAAGAUGCUGCCAGGAUGAUGAUAAGCAUCUGGAAGGGAGCACUGCAAUUCUAUGCACAAAUACUUGAGAGUGAACAUUGAAAUAAGUUGGAAUUACUUCCAAGUAAAUAUGCAUAAGAUCAGGCUGCAAGUAGGAAGCAUACUAGAUUACUUAAUACACUGAUUCUCUUUCAUCUGUGUGGUCUUCCAGGGAAUAAGUUAUCUAUAUCAACUCUACAGGUAAGGCAGUGGUUUCACUCAGAUAUUGUAUUGUCUAUGUCAGGAGUAACCAAUGUGUUGUUCUCCAGAUGUUGUUAGACUACAACUCCCAUCAGCCCCAACCAGCAUGGCCAACUGUAGUCCAACAACAUCUGAAGGGCAGAACAUUGGCCCCUCCAGCUCUAUUCAGUAAGAGAAUACCUGCAAUAUUGUAUGGACAGGCACAGGGCAAAGUGUGUGUGCACUCAAAGGUUCUCUACUUAUUUGAUAUUAGCCAUGCAUCAGAUUGCAUUUUUUAUUAUUUAU